AUGUCGCGCAAGGCAGUAGACCAGCGGAUCCCGAGUCUCAUUUACAAUGGCUUGCAAGAGAAGAAGCGAAGCUUCUUCGUGGUUGUCGGUGACCACUCCAAGGAUGUCAUUGUCAACCUCCACUACUUGAUGUCGCAGAGAAACAUCAAGCAGAACAAGUCCGUCUUGUGGGCGUACAAGAACAAGCUCUUGGGCUUCACCAGUCACCGAAAGAAGCGCGAGAACAAGAUUAAGAAGGAAAUCAAGCGCGGCACCCGCGAAGCAAACGAGUCGGACCCCUUCGAGCUCUUCGUUUCCCUCCACAACAUCCGAUACGUCUACUACAAGGAGACGGAAAAGGUCCUCGGAAACACCUUCGGCAUGUGCAUUCUUCAAGACUUUGAGGCCAUGACACCAAACAUCCUUGCGAGGACGAUCGAGACGGUCGAAGGUGGCGGCCUGGUGGUUCUCCUGCUCAAGGGCAUGUCCUCUUUGAAGCAGCUGUACACAAUGUCCAUGGACAUCCACUCCCGCUACCGCACCGAGGCGCAUGACGACGUCGUCGCCCGCUUCAACGAGCGCUUCAUUCUCUCGCUCGGCAGCUGCGAUUCAUGCCUUGUCAUCGACGACGAGAUGAACGUGCUGCCCAUCUCCGGCGGCAAGAACGUCAAGAAGCUUCCCCCCACCGACAAGGAUCUCGACAAGACCGAGGCGCAGCAAGAGCUGGAGGACAUGAAGGAGUCCCUACAAGAUACCCAACCAGUUGGCUCCCUGGUUACCCUCGCCAAGACGGUCGACCAGGCCAAGGCGCUGCUGACGUUCGUGGAUGCAAUCGCUGAGAAGACCCUACGGAGUACGGUGACCCUGACGGCCGCCAGAGGUCGUGGAAAGUCGGCGGCCAUGGGUGUGGCUGUGGCGGCUGCCGUGGCGCACGGGUACAGCAACAUCUUCAUCACCUCCCCGUCCCCCGAGAACUUGAAGACGCUGUUCGAGUUCGUCUUCAAGGGCUUCGACGCGCUCGGGUACGCUGAUCACGCCGACUACUCCAUCAUCCAGUCCACGAACCCCGACUUCAACAAGGCCAUCGUCAGAGUCAACAUUCACCGGGCGCAUCGCCAGACGAUUCAGUACAUCAGACCCCAGGAUGCCCACGUCCUGGGCCAGGCAGAGCUGGUCGUCAUCGAUGAGGCCGCCGCCAUUCCCUUACCGCUGGUGCGCAAGCUCAUGGGCCCUUACCUGGUCUUCAUGGCUUCCACGAUCAACGGUUACGAGGGUACCGGUCGUUCGCUGUCGCUGAAGCUGAUCAAGCAGCUGAGGGAGCAGUCGAGACCCGGGGCCAAGACUGGCGACGAUACAGAGGUUGCAGACCGGACGACGGGCAAGGCCGCCAAGGAUCAGGGCUCGAGCCAAUCCAGCCGUUCCCUUCGCGAAAUUACCUUGUCUGAGCCCAUCAGAUACGCCCAAGGCGAUUCCGUUGAGAAGUGGCUGAACAAGCUUCUCUGCCUGGAUGCCACCCUUCCCAAGGCCAAGGCCAGCGCCCAGGGCUGCCCCGAUCCUUCGCAGUGCGAGCUGCUCAAGGUCAACCGAGACACGCUCUUCUCCUUCCAUCCCAUCCCCGAGAAGUUCCUUCAGCAAAUGGUCGCACUCUACGUCGCCAGUCACUACAAGAACUCUCCCGAUGAUCUUCAACUAAUGAGUGACGCGCCCUCCCACGAGCUCUACGUCCUCAUCGCCCCGACAUCAGACGGCAAGCUGCCCGAACCCUUGUGCGUCAUCCAGGUCGCACUGGAAGGCAAGAUCAGCAGACAAAGUGUCAUCAACCAAUUGAGCAGAGGACAGCGUCCUUCUGGCGACCUGAUCCCUUGGCUCGUGAGCCAGCAGUUCCAGGACGACGAGUUCGCCUCCCUCUCCGGCGCUCGCGUCGUGAGGAUAGCGACGAACCCGGAGUACGUCUCCAUGGGAUACGGCACUAAGGCUCUGCAGCUCCUUACCGACUUUUACGAGCAAAAGUUCACCAACCUGUCCGAAGACGCCGAUCUCGCCAUGGAAGAGACCCUGCCCAGAGUGACGGACGCGGAGCUGGCAAAUACCUCUUUGCUGGCGGACGACGUCCACAUCAGAGACAUCAAGAAGUUGCCGCCGCUCUUCGCCAGAUUCUCCGAGAUCAGGCCCGCCGCCCUGGACUACGUUGGCGUCAGCUACGGCUUGACGCAGCCGCUGCACAAAUUCUGGAAGCGCGCCUCCUUCGCGCCCGUUUACCUGCGGCAGACGGCCAACGACCUGACGGGCGAGCACACGUGCGUCAUGAUCCGACCCCUGGAGAACACCGCCGCCGAUCAGUCGUGGCUCGGCGCCUUCUCGAGAGACUUCCAGCGCCGGUUCCAGUCGCUACUGUCGUACCAGUUCAGGGAGUUCCAGUCGGUGGUCGCGCUCAGCAUCGACGAGUCCGCGGCCAUCGGUGCCAAGCUCGACGGCACCGAGCCCACCGCCCUGACCAAGGCGGAGCUGGACAGGUUCCUGACACCGUUUGACCUGAAGCGUCUCGAGUCAUACGCGAACAACAUGCUGGACUACCACGUCAUCCUCGACCUCGUGCCCACGCUCGCCACGCUAUACUUCACCGGCAAGCUCAAGGGCGACGUCAAGUUGACGGGUGUGCAGCAGGCCAUUCUGCUCGCCAUUGGCCUGCAGAGGAAAGACAUGGACGUCAUCUCCACGGAGCUGACGCUGCCGUCGUCGCAGCUCCUGGCCAUGUUCAUCAAGAUCCUGCGCAAGAUUACGUCGCAUUUUGGAUCCUUGGUCAACGCCGCCGUCGAGGCCGAGUUGCCUGCCGCUACCACCAUUGGCGUCAGCCGGGAGAACGCCUCUGGUGUCCAUGACGAUGAGGUUGUCGAUAAGAGGUUCGCUCCCCUAGAGACCUCUCUCGAGGACGAGCUUGAGGAGGGAGGCGAUGAGGCUCUGGCCAAGCUUCGUAGGAAGCAGCGCGAGCUCAUUGACUCCCUACCCCUUGAUCAAUAUGAGGUUGACGGUGACGCCCCCGCCUGGGCCGAAGCAGAGCAGGCCAUCAAGGACGGUAAAUCCGGCGUAGUGAGCGUGAAGACGGGCAAGUCGAAGCGCAAGGCUGGCCCCACGGCAGCCGAGAUUUACGACGAGGCCCUCGGGGAGAAGAAGUCCAAAAAGGCGAAGAAAUCCAAGAGGGAUAGGGACUAA